CCUCACUACAUACUGAACUUCCAGCAGGAGGGCUCACUUGAUUAAGAAGGAUGAGUGCUGUCAAAACCAGCUUAACAAAAGAUGAAGAAAAGGAGCUGAAACGUCUUUUGAGAUGCAGUCACUUGACACUUCUGUACAAGGGAAGUGUCCAUGGUUUCACUGCUGUUGGAUUUCAUGCCAAAUGUGAUAAUCAAGGACCAACUGUAACAGUAGCAUAUAAUGAAAGUGGUUUUAUUUUUGGAGGCUUUACAAGUCAGAGCUAUGUUUCGAUUCAGCAGUACCUAAGUGAUGAGGAGGCUUUUCUCUUUAGACUAACAAGGAAAGAGGGUGUGGUCAACUCUAAAAUAUUUGUGUGUCGAAAUGCAGCUAAUGCUGUAUAUGUCUGUAAUAACAGUGGCCCUAACUUUGGAAAUUACUUUCUAAUCCUUCUGAAUGGUAAUAGUGUAUCAGUAGCAAUGAAUGAUAACAAGAACUACACAGCCUCUGCUGAGGAGUUGACUGGAAAUGAUUUCAAGCUUUUGGAAUGUGAAGUUUACAGAGUUGAAGAUUAUGCUGAUUUCCUAGAAUCUCCAUGGAGGAAUGUGACUUGGACAGCUGAGGAGAGAAAAAAAAUCAUGGAUGAAAUCAGAUCUUAUGAGCCAUAUCUAAAUCCAGUCUCUCAGAUUCGAAUUCUAUUUGUUGGUCCAGUUGGAGCUGGGAAGUCCAGUUUUUUCAACUCUGUGAAUUCAGUUUUCCGAGGUUAUGUGACAAAUCAAGCAAUAACAGGGUCUGAUGAUACAAGUGUGACAACACAGUAUCGGACAUAUCCAGUUAAAGAUGGAAGAGAUGGCAAGACUCUCCCUGUUAUCUUCUGUGACACAAUGGGACUAGAAGAAAAAUUAGGAUGUGGUUUAGAAAUUAGUGAAAUAACUAACAUAAUAAAGGGCCAUAUUCCUGAUAGGUACCAGUUUAAUCCAGCUGACUCCAUUUGCCAAGAUUCUCCAGGCUACAUAAAAAAUCCUGCUCUGAAUGAACAAAUUCACUGUGUUGUAUUUGUUGUUGAUGGGUGCAAAAUAGAGAUCCUCUCGGACACACUGGAACAGAAGCUGAAACAAGUUCGAAAGAAAGUGAACCAACUUGGAGUUCCACAGCUGAUUUGUCUAACUAAAGUGGAUGAGCUUUGUCCUUUACUUGAAGACAACCUUGCAUAUGUGUAUGAAAGUAAAGCUGUUGUGGAACAGAUGCGGGUAACUUCAGCGAAAUUUGGGAUCCCUCUUUCUCAGAUCGUACCUGUUAAGAAUUACUGCUCAGAGUUGGAGCUGACGUGCAAUGUUGAUAUCCUGAUACUUUCUGCAUUAAGGCAGAUGAUACGUUUAGCAGACAGCUAUCUUGACAACUUCACUUAUGAGGAGCCAAAGAAGAAGACCCUGUGAGAUUAGUAUAGUGUUGGUAUUUUGUGCCAUUAUCAGACUAGCCUUUUAAAAAACCUGACACCAGAAGUUAAACUUAUUGCUGCCUGAAGCCAAUGCAACUUCAUUGGCUUCAGUAGACUUGCAGCUCCUUAUGCUAGUGGUGAAUUUGAUCCAAGAGAUUUUUAUUUGGCUAUAACCUGCAUGCAUUAAAAGAGAGUGUAUUCUUUAGCUUUCAAGGUAGAAUCCAUUUAUUAAACGUGUUGUAGCCUGCCUUUCCCGAUUUCCACUGUAUGAAUAAUCUGUACAAACCUUUAGGGAAAUUACCUAAAGGUAUUACUUUCCUAGUGAUUUAACCUGUGUUAUUACCUGCUAAUGAUAGUUGCUUGCACUCUAUAUAUUGUUUAUUUUUUCUCUUAAGCUAGUUCAUAACACAAUACAGUCUAUCUAGUCUAACAUUACUAUAGCUCAAAAAACACAUUUAUUAGGUGAAUAAUUAUUACCUUUCAGAUAUAGAUACAUUACAGCAUCCAUUGCAAAGAUGGAAGCAUUAUGCUAUUAUCACAGUUAAACUGAUAAUUUGCAAUAGGUAGGAAACAUGCUAUUGACAUGGAGAAAGAAGUUUGAAUUAAUUUGGGAGUUUUGUUGUAUCACCUAUUCUUUUAAAAAAAAUUCCAAGAAAAUUCUAAACCAUGUACUGUAAAACUUUGUAUUACAUUUAACUAGAAAAAUAAAUCACUAUGAGCACA